UCCCCUCGAUCUCAGCGCCCAGGCGCGUGCCCACCAUGCCCGUGGUCGGCGUCCUCCUCUGGGCCACCCUGCUGACUCUGGGCUGGCGGGCUGCCCACCCUAAGGACCACAGCUUGGCCACUCCCAGGGUCCAGCUCUCCUUCAAAGAGCUGAAGGCAACGGGCACAGCCCACUUCUUCAACUUCCUCCUCAACUCCAGCGACUACCGCAUCCUGCUGAAGGACGAGGACCACGACCGCAUGUACGUGGGCAGCAAGGACUACGUCCUGUCGCUGGACCUGCACGACAUCAACCGCGAGCCCCUCAUCAUCCACUGGCCUGCGUCCCAGCAGAGGAUUGAGGAGUGCAUCCUGUCAGGCAAAAACAGCAACGGGGAGUGUGGCAACUUCAUCCGCCUGAUCCAGCCCUGGAACCGGACACACCUCUACGUGUGUGGCACCGGUGCCUACAACCCCAUCUGCGCCUUCGUCAACCGCGGGCGCAAAGCCCAGGGGUUUCCGCCGAGCCAGCCGGGAGGCCGGGAAAGCAGAUCCACCGACAGCCCCCUCAGCCCGAGACCAGCACAAAGCAAGGAUUAUAUCUUCUACCUGGAGCCAGACAGGCUGGAGUCAGGCAAGGGGAAGUGUUCCUACGACCCCAAAGUAGACACCGUCUCUGCGUUAAUAAAUGAAGAGCUCUAUGCUGGUGUGUACAUUGACUUCAUGGGCACGGACGCAGCCAUCUUCCGCACCAUGGGCAAGCAGACGGCCAUGAGGACAGACCAGUACAAUUCCCGCUGGCUCAACGACCCAGCCUUCGUUCGUGCCCAGCUCAUCCCUGACAGCAGCGAGAGGAACGAUGACAAGCUCUACUUCUUCUUCCGAGAGAAGUCAGCCGAUGCCCCGCUGAGCCCUGGGGUCUAUUCCCGCAUCGGGCGCAUCUGCCUGAAUGACGAUGGGGGCCACUGCUGCCUUGUGAACAAGUGGAGCACCUUCCUGAAGGCCCGGCUUGUCUGCUCCGUGCCGGGACCCGAUGGAAUUGAAACGCACUUCGACGAGCUCCAGGACGUCUUCAUCCAGCAGACUCAGGACACCAAGAACCCUGUUAUCUACGCCGUGUUCUCUGCUUCGGGGUCAGUCUUCAAGGGCUCUGCCGUGUGUGUCUACUCCAUGGCCGACAUCCGCAUGGUCUUCAACGGGCCCUUUGCACACAAGGAGGGACCCAACUACCAGUGGAUGCCCUACACGGGCAAAAUGCCCUAUCCCCGUCCGGGCACCUGCCCUGGGGGGACCUUCACCCCAUCCAUGAAGUCGACCAAGGACUACCCUGAUGAAGUGAUCAACUUCAUGCGCUCACACCCGCUGAUGUACCACGCCGUGUACCCCACGCACCGCCAGCCGCUGGUGGUCCGCACCAACGUCAACUACCGCUUCACCACCGUGGCCGUGGACCAGGUGGACGCGGCAGACGGGCGCUAUGAGGUGCUUUUCCUGGGCACAGAUCGGGGCACCGUGCAGAAGGUCAUCGUGCUCCCCCGGGAUGACAUGGAGACAGAGGAGCUAAUGCUGGAAGAGAUUGAGGUGUUCAAGGUGCCAGCACCCAUCAAGACGAUGACCAUCUCCUCCAAGAGGCAACAGCUGUAUGUGUCCUCGGCCGUAGGCGUGACCCACCUGGCCCUGCACCGCUGCGACGUGUACGGGGAGGCCUGUGCCGACUGCUGCCUGGCGCGGGACCCCUACUGCGCCUGGGACGGCAGCGCCUGCACCCGCUACUCCGCCUCCUCCAAGAGGCGGAGCCGGCGGCAGGACAUCAGGCACGGCAACCCCAUCCGGCAGUGCCGUGGCUACAACUCCAACGCCAACAAGAAUGCGGUGGAGGCCGUGCAGUACGGGGUGGAGGGCAGCCGCGCCGUCCACGCCGUGCUGGUCCAGGCGGAGACCCCUCCUGGCCUGCCGGGUGCCCCCACUCCCCGCUACCAGGAUCUGCUGCAGCUCCUCACCCAGCCCGAAAUGGGACUCCUGGACCAGUACUGCCAGGGCUACUGGCGGCACACGGCUGCCAGCCCCCCGCAGCCGCUGGCUGGCCUCAAAGCCAAGGAGCAGCAGGACCAGAAGAAGCCUCGAAACCGCCGGAAUCACCAGCCAGAGGCCUAUGGGCAUACAUGAAACCAUCAUCAGGGACUUUGCUAGCACAGUGGUCUAUUUUUCCCCCCUUUUAAUAUUAAAAAUAUCUAUAAA